AAUAACUCUCGGUGCUUCCGGUAGUAGAAAACUUCGUUGAAAGAAUUUAUGAAUCAUUCUAAAGAGUUUAGACUAGUCAAUUAUUUUAAAAUUUAGGCGUCGAAAUGGCUGUUUCUAGUGUUCAUUUAGAAGCAGACGCCUAUCUGGUUUGUAUAACUCACGCACUGUCAACGGAGAGAGAAGAAGUGAUGGGCUUGUUGAUUGGAGAGGUGGAUGAGCAGCAUGUGUCCCAUGUUUCGGCAGUCAUUAUGUUACGACGGUCAGAUAAACGACCAGAUCGUGUUGAGAUAUCACCAGAACAACUCUCAGAUGCUUCAACCAAGGCUGAGAUGCUGGCUAAAGAAUUAGAUCGCCCAAUGCGAGUUUUAGGCUGGUAUCAUUCCCAUCCCCAUAUUACUGUAUGGCCUUCACAUGUUGAUGUACGAACUCAGGCAAUGUAUCAGAUGUUAGAUCCAGGGUUUAUAGGCUUAAUAUUCUCAGUUUUUAAUGAAGAUAAAAAUACAAAGCAAAAUCGAGUCCAGGUGACCUGUUUUCAAUCUGUGAAUUAUGGAGGAGAUUAUGGACCACCUCAGUACGAGCGAGUGGAAGUUCCACUACACAUUGUACCAAGUGCAGGUAUAGGUUCAACAGCUCUUGAUGCUCUCGUAGAAUUACCCAGAAUUCUGUGUCUAGAGGAAGGAGAGGCAUACGAUCAAACAACACAGGGCGGUGAUCUGGAUCUUCUAACUAAAAUACAGAACGCAUCAGUUUAUACGAAAUGUUUAUGUCAUAUUAUGGAAGUAAUGAGUGGACCUUUAAUACAGGCACUAGAGAAUCGUCUUAAAAUGAACAAAUUUAGAAUGGAACAAUUGACGCAGCAACGAGAAGAUUUAAAACAACAACUGAGAACCUUGAAAACUUCCUGAUGAGAUGUGAGAUGAAGAUGCCUGUUGUAUUUUAUAAACAUUAGUUUUAUUUACAAACUUUCGGAUUGGGGAACCAACAGAGACAAUGUUAAACCCCUCCCUCAAUGUGUAUUGGAGAAUUGAAAAACAAAACUUGUGUAUACUCUCUCCAAGUGUAUUUGGGAACAGACAGUAACUAUGGUAACCUCCUCGCCUUUCUCCAUGUGUAUUGGAGGUGGUAACUAUGGUAAUCCCUUUUCAAUGUGUAUAUGAGAACAGUAACUAUGUAAACCCUUCCCCCUAUUAAAUGAGUAUUGGAGGACAGUAACUAUGGUAACUCCAUACUCUUCUCAAUUUGUAUUUGAGGAUAGUAACUAUGGUAACCCCUCUCCAUUCUCAAUGUGUUUGGAAGGCAGUAACUAUGGUAAUCCCCUUCUCAAUGUGUAUGGGAGGGCAGUAAUGAUGGUAACACCCUCUCCCCAGUCUCAGUAUGCAUUGAGGGAAAGUAACUAUGGUAAUCCCUCUUCCUUCUCAAUGUGUAUUGGAGAGCAGUAACAUGGGUAACCACUCCCCCUUUUCAACGUGUAUUCGAGGACAGUAACAUGGGUAACCCCUCCCCCUUUUCAACGUGUAUUGGAGGACAGUUACAUGAGUACCCCCCCCCCCCCCUUCAAUGUCUAUUGGAGGACAUUAACUUAGAUAAUCCCUCUCCCUUUGAAUUGUGUAUUGGAGGACAGUCACUGUCAGUGCAUAGGUGAAUUUCAAAUGGUACUUCUGAUGUAGACUGCCAUUCAAAUGGGCUGCUGGCUUAUUUUGAUGAACAAAUAUGAUUAGAAAUUUCAAUAAAAGUUUUAAUAAAAGCG